GUACUAAUAAUACUAGUACUCCGGAGUAGUUACUAGAGUAAAAGUUUACGGUUCAAUAGCUGUUCAAUGUAGUUGAACCCGUGAACCCGUGAACCUUGCUUUACAAUGUCAUGUACCAGACCGAUGACCGUAAUUAAGUACCACUCCUCCUUUAUACCUGACUUUUCAUCUGUUCUUUUCCCUUCAUGAAGAUUCUUGAAUGCCACCUUCAGCUCACCUUUUACUUUUUUCGGACACUGACAAAAUUUUUUAGUCUUUUGGCCUCCCAGCUGUACCGGAAGGAAGCAUUGUAACCAGGCGAGAAUUUGAUGUGGAUGUUCCAACGAUUUAGUACAUGUAGGUGGUACCGGUAGGCGCUACUAGUAGUAGCUGCGGUCGAUUCUCAGCAAGUCAUGCAUCACAUGGUUGCUGAGCACCGUUGAGAUUUGACUCACAAUUCGUAAGCUUUGGCAAGAGCAAAGCAACACAGCCAAAAUAAAUCCUCUUGGAAAAGCUCACAAUCUGAAGCAACCGCAAAGCCAACUACAAAUCCACAACAACCAUGUGCAUGCCCACCGGUACAUCUCCUCAACCCACCCUUGCUCGCAAGUCCAAUCUCAUGUCUUCUACCAGCUCCCUCCCUUCGAUGGACAAGGACACGAAAAAGUCCGUUCAGUUUUGGGGGAAAGUAACCAAGCGUCCCGCCCGCUCUUACCACCACUUUGACGAAGAGCAAAUGGAAUUCAUGUGGUACAGCCCAGAAGAACUUCAAGGCAUGCGCCAGCACCUGAAAAAGGUCCUCAAGGACCAAAGCGUACUGGAGAGCACCAACGAUGUGUACCGUGGCUUGGAGGCAUUUGCCAACGGGAACCGAAAAACCCGUUAUGCAGCCCAUGUCAAGCCCGUCCUCAAGAUGCACCGAAACAACCGACAAAUGGGCGUCGACGACGAUCUGGGUGUUCCCACCUUUGCCGCUCGUUUGAACGAAGAAAUGACCAGGCAAGGAAUCCAACGAGCUGCACAAGAUGCUACCGAUGCCUUUGAAAUCUAUCAGGAAGACGCAGCUUCCUCUAAGCUACUACUGGACCACAAGGAUGUUGAUGUUCAACAGUGCUUUCGGCAAACCACUUACGGUGCCACGGCAACUGUACGAAAAGCUGCCUCCUGCUUGGCACGAAGCGCAUAAAAAGAAAAAAGCUCGUGAUCCCAUGUACACACUAAUGUACCGAUAAUAUGCCCAUUAAAGGGUUGUAACUAAUAGCCAGCAAGCACCACUACACUC